UUUUAACCAGUGUGUAAAGAAGUCUCUUAUGUAACCAGUUAUCAGGGCCCUUUUCUUCAGAGAAAUUUGUUUUUCUGCAAAGAACUGUUGGGAUGAAGUUUUAUAGCUUUGGAGUCCUGGUAGCCACUGUCCUUGUUUUUGAACAACAUGUCUUCACAUUUCAAAGUGGCCAGGUUUUAUCUGCUCUUCCUAGAAGCUCUAGGGAAGAUCAAAUUCUGCAGAGUCUUACUACAGCAUAUGUGAUUGUUCUGUGGCAGCCAGUAACAGCUGACUUUAUUGUAAAAGCAAAAGAAGUCCAUUUUUUUGUGAAUGCAGUUGAUAUAAUCAAUGUGAAAUUCCAUUUACAUGAGAACAGAAUUCCAUUCAGUAUCUUGAUGGAAGAUGUGGAAGAUCUUAUCUGCCAGCAGACUUCCAAUGAUACCAUCAGCCCCUGCCAGCAGACUUCCAAUGAUACCAUCAGCCCCUGCCAGCAGACUUCCAAUGAUACCAUCAGCCCCCGGGCCUCCUCCUCAUACUAUGAAAAUUAUCACCCACUAAAUGAAAUCUAUUCUUGGAUGGAUGUUAUAACUGAGCAGUAUCCUGAUAUGAUUGAAAAAAUCCACAUUGGAUCCUCAUAUGAGAAGCGUCCGCUUUAUGUCUUAAAGGUUUCUGAAAAGCAACAAGCAGCCAAAAAUGCUGUUUGGAUUGACUGUGGACUCCAUGUCAGAGAAUGGAUCUCCCCUGCUUUCUGCUUGUGGUUCAUAGACCAUGUAACUCAGUUAUCUGGGGAAGAAAAUCUGUUUACCAAUAUUCUGAGGCACCUGGAUUUUGUUAUGCCGGUAGUUAAUGUGGAUGGUUAUGACUACUCUUGGAAAACGAAUCGAAUGUGGUGAAAGAACCGUUCUGUUCAUGAAAACAAUCCUUGCACUGGAACAGAUCUGAACAGGAACUUUGCAUCCAAACACUGGUGUGAGAAGGGUCCAUCAAGUUUCUCGUGCUCAGAAAUCUACUGUGGCCUUUUCCCCAAGUCAGAACCAGAAGUGAAGGCAGUGGCUAAUUUCUUGAGAAGAAAUAUCAAUCAUAUUAAAGCAUAUAUCACAAUGCAUUCAUACUCCCAGAAGAUAGUGUUUCCAUAUUCUUACAACAGAAGCAGAAGCAAAGACCAUGAGGAACUGUAUCUACUGGCCAGUGAAGCAGCCCAGGCUAUUGAGAAUAUUAGUAAAGAUACCAGAUAGACAUAUGGCAGUGGCUCGGAAAGUUUAUAUCUAGGUCCUGGAGGUCCAGAUGACUGGAUCUAUGACUUAGGCAUCAAAUAUUCCUUUACAACUGAACUUCGAGAUACAGGCAAAUAUGGAUUAUUGCUGCCAAAGCAUUUCAUCAAACCUACUUGCAGAGAAGCUCUUGCUGCUCUCUCUAAAAUAGCUUGGCAUGCCAUCAGGAAUGCUUAAUGCUCUUGAUUUUUACACUCUGUUCUCACAUUUUUUUUAAU